CCAAAACCCCUUUCUUGAUCCCAAAACCCCUUUUAUAGCUCCAAAAUAUCUCUCUACAGCCUCUGCUUUCCAGAGCCAAAGUAUCGGACCCCUCAACCGCCUUCAUAUUUUGCUGGCUUAAAUCAGUUGCUUCUUUCGUCUUUUUCAUAAACCCUAAUUAAACCCUUCUAUACCAUUUUGCUGAUCUCUUCUCUGUUGGAAUAUUUGAAGAAAGCAAUAAUGAAUAGCCUUGUUCUAUUGAAGAAGUCUUCUUCUUUACAUGCCUCGAAAAGGGUUGCUCUUAAUGCCCUUACUCAUCUAUUGUUCUCACCGUCGACGUCCGGCGACGACAAGUUCAUUUCCGGAAAUACCCAAUUUAACAGCUUUACCACUGUUAGUACGGCUGAUACUUCAAGAAAUGGAAACUGGGUUGAUGGGAAAUUUGGGGUUUCUGCAAGAGGGUUUCAUUCAGGCAGGUAUUUACGAGCUGGAUAUGCGGUGGCGGAUUUACCUGAGGAUGAUGAAGGACUUGAGAUAUCGAAACUUGGUAUAGCUCAGGAGAUCGUUUCUGCUUUGGAGAAAAAGGGAAUUACGAAGCUCUUCCCUAUUCAGAGAGCCGUUCUGGAACCAGCAAUGCAAGGAUCUGACAUGAUAGGUCGAGCUAGAACUGGAACUGGGAAGACACUAGCUUUUGGCAUUCCCAUCAUGGAUAAGAUCAUUCGCUUCAACGAGAAACAUGGACGUGGAAGGAAUCCUUUGGCUUUAAUCUUGGCGCCUACCAGAGAACUUGCAAAACAAGUGGAUAAAGAAUUUUUUGAGUCUGCUCCUGGUCUGGAUACACUGUGUGUUUAUGGUGGUGUUCCCAUUUCACGCCAAAUGAGUUCCCUUGACAGGGGAGUUGAUGUUGUUGUGGGAACGCCAGGUCGGAUUAUUGAUCUGCUGAAGAGGGGUGCUUUAAAUUUGGCAGAAAUCCAGUUUGUUGUUCUAGAUGAAGCUGAUCAAAUGCUUAACGUGGGUUUUGCGGAGGAUGUCGAGACCAUUUUAGAAAAUGUUCCACAGAAGCAUCAGACACUGAUGUUUUCAGCCACAAUGCCCAGUUGGAUAUUAAAAAUUACCAACAAGUUCCUGAAAAAUCCUGUUCACAUUGAUCUUGUAGGAGAUUCUGAUCAGAAACUGGCUGAUGGGAUUUCCUUGUUUUCAAUUGCUUGUGAUAUGCAUCAGAAACCAGCAAUUCUUGGACCUCUGAUAACUGAGCAUGCAAAAGGGGGCAAGUGCAUUGUUUUUACUCAAACUAAACGCGAUGCUGAUAAAUUGUCGUAUGUAAUGCAAAAGAGUUUCAAAUGUGAAGCAUUGCACGGGGACAUCUCACAAACCCAGAGGGAGAGAACUCUAUCAGGUUUUCGCCAAGGUCAAUUCAAUGUGUUGGUGGCUACUGAUGUUGCUGCCCGAGGACUUGAUGUACCUAAUGUUGAUCUGGUGGUACAUUAUGAGCUUCCAAACUCAUCAGAGAUCUUUGUUCAUCGAUCCGGUCGAACUGGGCGUGCUGGGAAGAAAGGAAGUGCAAUUCUGAUACAUUCUUCAGGCCAACAUAGGGAUGUGAAAGGUAUCGAACGUGAUGUAGGAUGCAGAUUUAUCGAGCUUCCAAGGAUUGAAGUAGAGGCUGGAGCAACAGACAUGUUCAGUGACAUGGGCAGAGGUGGGGGGCGCUUUGGCUCUUAUGGAGGCAUGGUAGGUGGUCGGUUUGGUGAUUCUGGUUCAGGUCGCUCUGGUGGCUAUGGAAAUUCUGGCGGCAGGUUUGGGGGUCAAGGCGGAUAUUCUGGUCGAACAGGUGGAUUUGGUGGAUCUGGUGGUGGACGAUCAGGGGGUAGCUUUGGUGGAUCGAGCUCAGGUCGCUCAGGGAAUUUUGGUGGUUCUGGAGACAUGCGUGACUCCAAUCGCCAGGGAGGAUUUGGUGGUUCAGAUCGUAGUGGCGGUUUUGGAAGUUCAAACCGGACUGGUGGCUUUGGAAACUUUGAGAGUUCAAACCGCUCAAGUGGUUUUGGAGGAUUUGGUUCAGGCCGCUCAAGUGGAUUUGGAGAUGGCAAGGCUAGUGGUGACCAAGGUUCUGGGAAGAAAUUUUUCUAGUUCUAUCUGUAAGGCAAGUUCCUUGUUUUCUACUGAUGAAUUUGAUGUUCUCAUCCAUAUGGUCAUUGAUAAUUCUCCAUUUGUUCCUACUUGUAUACAAAAUUAUUAAGCAA